AUGCAACAGGCCAUGCCAAUGGUGCCGCCAAGAAACACUGGACUCACAGGUUUGGCGGUGAACAAGGAUGGACACCCGAUUGGAAUAGCGGAAAAUGGCUCCAUGGAUAACGGCCAGAAAACCGCUGCGUCUUCGUCACAUAUCGCCCCCACUGGCGUCCCCGUUAACGUGCCGCUUUCCUUGGCACACACCAACGCUGACACCGGUGGUGGAAACCCGGGACCUGCGCCGUCAGUGGUGAUACAGCCGAGAAAGUCACCAUCUACGAGCGCCGAUACUGCUCUGCCCAUGGGUGCCCAUCAUUCUCAGCUCCAGAACACUGCGAAUUGGGCUGAGGGCAACCCAGCUUCUGCGGUUGGCACUGGUGGUCACAAUGCUCAAAUUCCAACUUCUUUCCCACCUCACACCGCGCUACCGCUGCCGCACCAGGCAGUACCUGCAGGAUCCAUUUCAAUGCCAUCAUAUAUUACCCAAAUGGCACCCCAAAUGCCACCGCAUUUGGCCCAGCAAAUGGCUUCACAACUUAACGCACAGUUCCCAAUGCCAAAUCUCAUAUCCAUGCCCCAAAACGGGUCGCCCUCCUCCCAUUCUAACGAAGGUGAGCACGUCGAUACAGUUGGGCAGCUAAUUGGAAAGUCCGGCAAACCUUUACGCAAUACUAAGCGGGCAGCUCAAAAUCGUAGCGCCCAGAAAGCGUUUCGACAGAGGCGCGAACGUUAUAUCAAGGAUCUUGAGACCAAAGCAAAGGAAUUUGACCGACUGGACGCGCAAGUCGCAGCAUUAUCUCAGGAAAAUGACUCUCUGAAAAGAUACGUUUUGGAUCUAGAGCAACGUUUAGGAAUGAGGCGGGCCCCUUCCUGA